AGGGUAGCCAAAACGACAACUAGUUUCUAACGAGAAAGAGAUGGAACGGAAAGGGAAAAGUCUUCACUCAAUUUGCAUAUCCAAUUCGGAAUUUUCUAACGAUCCUUCCUUUCCCAAUUUCGUGUAAUCGGAUAGAAUUUCAGACAGUUGUGACAACAAUUAUUAUAUCUGUGUGUAUAUAUAUUUUUUUCUUUCCCUCAAUUUAGAUAUAAAAUUAUUAUAGAUUAAUUUUUGUGGAUGACGACGAUGAUGAUGAUCAGGAUCCAAAUUUGAAGUCGUAGAUUAUCCAUUCUACAGCGAAUCGUUUCUGGGAAGGGUGAUGUUUUAAUUGCGUGUGAUUGUGAAGAAAGGUUUUCAUCCAGGUGUGAGCUUUUUUUUAUCUCCUUUGAAUUAGGUGGCUUUUACCUUCCUGGUUCUUUUAAUUUGACUUGGGUUAUUUGAAAUAUGCUGUGAAGUUAUGUCGUAGUCCUUGUUUGGCAGUGAGGAGUAUUUGUGAGAGUUGAAUUGGUUGAAAGGUAGGGAAAAUGGGGUUCCUUGUAUGAAUUUUGAAUUCGAUGGCCAAGAGAGGUGGCGAUUGAUAUUUUUCCCAAUUGUGGAUUCGGUGAUGAAUUUGUUUCCUUGGCUGAAUGAUGAACCACAAACCGCCUCGACAAGGUUGGGGAUUGUUUGUGAAUAUAUAGAAGCAUGGAAAUUCAGAUUGUGAGGGUUUGCGUCUAAGUGAUAGCUUACAAGUAUAAUUGCUUAGGAUAUAUGGGAUUGAUUUUAUUUCUGUUGGAUUAGUUCCCUAUUCUAAACAUGGUCUGUUAGGAGUGGCAAAUGGGCAAGUCAUAAUGAACCGGCAAACAAGAUUGUUUGUCAAUGGAUGCAGUGGACAAGACUUUUUCUGAGCUUGUCAGCAUCGUCAAAACUUGGAUUCCCUGGCGAUCUGAACCGGCAAAUGUGUCUAGGGAUUUUUGGAUGCCUGAUCAGAGUUGUAGAGUGUGCUACGAGUGUGAUUCACAGUUCACCUUGUUUAACCGUAAGCACCACUGUCGUUUAUGUGGACGGAUUUUCUGUAACAAGUGUACAACAAACUCGAUUCCUGCCCCAGUUUGGAUAAUAGUUGGAAAAGAUUCAUGUUCAACAAACAAGAGUGCAUCAAACAACCUUGAGUUGGAGAAGAUUCGUGUAUGUAAUUAUUGUUACAAGCAAUGGGAACAAGGUGUAGUUGCUUUUGAUAACAGUAUUCCGGUUUCCAAUCUGGAUAAUAGUGCUUCAGCAUCAACUUCAAGCUUGAAUAGCAGUAAAAGCAGUGCCACUGCAAACAGUAGUAAUAUUACUCUUUGCUCCAUGCCUUAUUCAGUUGGAUCUUAUCAACAAGUGCAACAGGGUUCUGUUCUGAACCUGCAUAAAUCACCUGUGAAGGGAAAAGACACGGAUACUGAUAGGGAAGGCUUAUCGCCAUUAGGAGGGAGGAGUGAUAUUGUAGCAGAUCUGGGUGAUUCAUUACCGAAGCAAUGUGGAUUCGCAAUUAAUAGGACUGAUGAUGACGAGGAUGAGUAUGGUGUGUAUCGGUCAGAUUGUGACACUAGACAUUAUUCUCAAGGGAAUAACUACUAUGGACAGGCUGAGUUUGAUAGGAUAGGCCUCAUUGAUGACUCAAGGAAAGUGGAUAAUGAUGGAGAAAACAUUGAUGCAAAACUCCCUUCAAACUACAGUUUUGACACUGACACACAGGGUUUGGAAGGAGCCCCAAUUAUUGCAAAAAAUGAGGAUGAACCUGAUAUCUGUGAUGAAAAUGAAGCCCCUUCCUCAUUAUAUGUCUCAGAGGACGUUGAUGUUGAACCUGUUGAUUUUGAAAAUAACGGACUUCUCUGGCUCCCUCCUGAACCAGAAGACGAAGAAGAUGAACAUGAAGCUCUUUUGUUUGAUGAUGACGAUGAUGAUGAUGAUGGGAAUGUCAUUGGAGAGUGGGGGUAUAUACGUAGUUCUAGCAGUUUUGGGAGUGGUGAUUUUCGACAGAGAGAUAGGUCAAAUGAGGAGCAGAAGAAGGUGAUGAAGAAUGUAGUUGACGGGCAUUUUAGGGCAUUGGUAGCUCAGCUGCUGCAGGUUGAAAACCUGUCUGUUGAAGAUAAUGACGAGAACAAUUGGCUGGAGAUUGUCACAUCUCUGUCAUGGGAAGCGGCUACAAUACUGAAACCAGAUAUGAGCAAAGGUGGAGUGAUGGACCCAGCUGGUUAUGUGAAAGUCAAAUGCAUAGCAUGUGGGAAUCGCAAUGAAAGUGUGCUGGUUAAAGGAGUUGUUUGUAAAAAAAAUGUGGCUCACCGGCGAAUGUCAUCAAAAGUGGAUAAACCUCGCUUGUUGAUCCUUGGAGGGGCUCUGGAGUAUCAGCGUGUUACCAACCUCUUUUCUAGUGUAGAUACCCUAUUGCAGCAGGAAAUGGACCAUCUGAAGAUGGCUGUGGCAAAGAUAGCUUCACACCAGCCAAACAUGUUGUUAGUGGAGAAAUCAGUCUCACGAUAUGCACAGGAAUAUCUUCUUGCAAAAGACAUAACUCUGGUUCUCAAUGUCAAGAGACCACUUUUGGAGCGCGUAGCACGCUGCACAGGUACUCAAAUAGUGCCUUCGAUCGAUCAUCUUUCAUCGCAAAAGUUGGGUUACUGUGAAUCAGUUCAUGUUGAGAAGUUUCUUGAAGACCUAAACUGUGUUGGUCAGUGUGGGAAAAAAACAUUGAAAACAUUGAUGUUUUUUGAAGGUUGCCCAAAACCAUUUGGUUUCACCAUUUUACUGAAAGGGGCUGACAAGGAUGAGUUGAAAAAGGUAAAGCAUGUGGUUCAGUAUGGAGUUUUUGCAGCUUACCAUUUGGCUAUGGAGACAUCUUUUCUUGCUGAUGAGGGAGCAUCCCUGCCAGAAAUUCCGUUAAACAGUCUGGCCCUUCCAGAUCAAGCAUUAGCCAUUCAGAGGUCCAUUUCAACAGUUCCGGGUUUCGGUAUUGCUGACAAUGAAAAGCCUCAAGGGCAUGAACCUGACACUGGACCACGGAGAACCCAAAGUGUCCCAAUUUCUGAACUAGCAUCUACGACCUGCAGUGCAGGGCCAUGUGUUUCUAAUGGUGCUUCUCAAUUGAUGCCACUUGGAUCAAGUCUCGACCAUUCAACUGCCUUUUUCUCCUCCAUUGUUGCUUCAGGAAAUUCAAUUGCAGAAUCACACCGUGAUAAGCAUCUUCCACGCACUAGUAGAGACAGAAAUGAAAUGAACUCCAAACAACCUGUGGUGGAAGAAACUUCUAUGGUGGAUGACACCCUGGUUAUUGUGGAUGAUCCUACUGCAGUCGACCCUGGAACUUCAGAGAAUGGUGAUAGCAAAAUCUCUACAAACCAGUUAAGUGGGUCAGGAUCUUUAUCUCCAAAAGAUGGUCAAAACCAUCCCGAGAAUCUUGAAAUCCCAAAUGAAGAGUUUAUUCUUGAAAAAGAAGUGUUUCCUCCAUCCCCGUCUGACCAUCAAAGCAUUUUGGUGUCUUUGUCCUCCCGAUGUGUAUGGAAGGGAACUGUGUGUGAGAGGUCUCAUCUCUUUCGAAUUAGAUACUAUGGCAAUUUUGAUAAACCAUUGGGUCGGUAUCUGCGGGACCACUUAUUUGAUCAGAGUUAUCGAUGCCAUUCUUGUGAAAUGCCAUCAGAAGCACAUGUGCAAUGCUAUACUCAUCGUCAGGGAACACUUACCAUAUCAGUCAAGAAACUACCAGAAAUUAUUCUACCCGGGGAAAGGGAUGGAAAGAUUUGGAUGUGGCACAGGUGCUUGCGGUGUCCAAGAAUCAAUGGCUUUCCUCCUGCUACACAGAGGAUAGUAAUGUCUGAUGCUGCUUGGGGUUUAUCUUUAGGGAAAUUUUUGGAGCUCAGUUUCUCAAACCAUGCUGCAGCCAGCAGGGUGGCAAGCUGUGGCCAUUCAUUACACAGAGAUUGUCUUCGUUUUUACGGAUUUGGACAAAUGGUUGCUUGUUUUCGAUACGCAUCCAUUGAUGUUCACUCUGUCUACCUUCCCCCUCACACACUUAUAUUUGAUUAUGGGAAUCAGGAUUGGAUACAGCGAGAAUUAGAUGAGGUGGUCAACCGGGCAGAGCUUUUAUUCUCGGAGGUACUCAAUGGUCUCAGUCAAAUUGGAGAGCAAAGAUCUAAUGCAGUACAAAUGAGUAAUGGCCAUAAAUCACCUGAAUUAAGACGCCAAGUAGCUGAACUAGAGGGGAUGUUGCAAAAGGAGAAACUAGAAUUUGAGGAAUCUCUGCGAAAGAUUUUGAAUCAAGAAAAGAGAAAUGGCCAACCGGGGAUUGACAUUCUGGAAAUUAAUCGAUUGUGGAGGCAGUUACUUUUUCAAUCAUAUAUGUGGGAUCACCGCCUUAUUUAUGCAGCAAACCUAGCCAACUCCAAUAAUGGAUCCGGUUCAAGCAGUCCAAUUUCCGAAGAUAAGGAGAAAACUGUCGAUGAAAAUAAAAUGGCCAUCAACUCUGUUCAUGGUGGUCCAAACCUUAACGAAAAUCCUUGCCUUGGAGGAGGAAGAGCAGUAGUUGAUGGGAAAAGUUCACAAGAUCUAGAAAGUGAGAUGGCCGAAAAAGAAAAUCAUGAGAAAGAUGACAGAUCUAUUUCAAUCGGAAAAAGUAUAAAUGAUCAAUCUGAUAUUUUAGAACCUGAAUUGGGUGUUCGCAGAACUCUAUCAGAUGGGCCAUUACCCGUCGUACCUAGUUUGUCUGAAACACUUGAUGCAAAAUGGACUGGUGAAAAUCACUCUGGAUUUGGCAUUUCAAAAGAUAACAGUUCUAUGAAUCCCGAUUUGGCAGAUACUUUGAUGAUCGGUGUACAAAAGGAAACAUAUCAUCUAGGGGAUCGUACAGAAGAUCAAAAUUGUUCCAAGAGUUUUUAUUCUUCAUUUAAAGGUCACGAUAAUAUGGAAGACUCUUCGAGCUGGUUAGGAAUGCCCUUCUUGAACUUCUAUCGCCAAUUUAACAAAAACCUUUUUGCUAGUACGCAGAAGUUUGAUACCCUAGUUGACUACAAUCCUGUUUACAUGUCAUCUUUCCGGAAGCAGGAACUCCAGGGUGGGGCAAGACUGCUUAUGCCUAUUGGUGUCAAUGACACUGUAAUACCAGUAUAUGAUGACGAACCCUCAAGUGUUAUAGCUUAUGCCCUGAUGUCAUCAGAAUAUCAUUUCCAAUUGACUGAUGAAGAAAGGCCAAGAGAAGGAAGUGAGUUCACUUCAUCAUAUUUUUCUGACUCAGGCACCUUCCAGUCAUUCUCUUCUGUUGAUGAAACAGCCUUUGAUUCUCAGAAAAGUUUUGGAUCGAUAGAGGAUAUGAUACUUUCCAUGUCUGGGUCUCGUAGUUCAUCAAUGUUUGAUCCAAUGUUAUAUACCAAGGCUAUGCAUGCCAGAGUUUCCUUUGGAGAAGACGGUCCCCUUGGCAAGGUAAAAUAUUCUGUGACUUGUUACUAUGCCAAGCGUUUUGAAGCCUUAAGAAGGGUGUCUUGUCCUUCUGAGCUUGACUAUAUAAGGUCUCUGAGUCGCUGUAAGAAAUGGGGAGCUCAAGGUGGGAAGAGUAAUGUAUUUUUUGCAAAAACAUUGGAUGAUCGAUUUAUCAUAAAACAAGUUACGAAAACAGAGCUAGAAUCAUUCAUUAAAUUUGGUCCUGAAUACUUCAAGUAUCUUUCUGAAUCCAUAGCCACAGGAAGUCCGACAUGUCUGGCUAAAAUUCUUGGCAUAUACCAGGUUACAUCGAAGCAUAUUAAAGGAGGGAAAGAGUCAAGGAUGGAUGUUUUGGUUAUGGAGAAUCUUCUGUAUAGGAGGACUGUGACACGACUUUACGAUCUUAAAGGAUCUUCCAGGUCUCGGUAUAAUGCAGAUAUUACCGGGAAAAACAAAGUUCUACUGGACCAGAACUUAAUUGAAGCAAUGCCAACUUCUCCUAUAUUCGUGGGAAACAAAGCGAAACGAUCUUUAGAGAGAGCUGUCUGGAAUGACACUGGUUUUCUUGCUUCUGUUGAUGUAAUGGACUAUUCUUUACUGGUUGGGGUGGAUGAAGAGAAGCAUGAGUUGGUUAUUGGGAUCAUUGAUUUCAUGAGACAGUAUACCUGGGACAAGCAUCUUGAAACAUGGGUAAAAGCUUCAGGCAUACUUGGGGGACCAAAGAACACACCUCCAACAGUUAUAUCACCCAAGCAAUACAAGAAAAGGUUCAGGAAAGCAAUGACCACUUACUUUCUCAUGCUUCCAGAUCAGUGGUCUCCUCCUUCUAUUGCUGCUAGUAAUUCUCAGUCUGAUUUAGGUGAAGACAACCCACAAUCUAGGACCCCAGCUGAAUGAUUCUUUGGUUUUGUGUGUGUAAAUUUUUGCUUUCAAUUUGGGGAACUAACUCCCCCAUAAUUUUAUAUUAAAAUUUUUGUUUCCCCCUCUUAUAUCAUAUAGGAAUUCUUUUGGUUCAUUUGUAAUUUUGUCAACUAGAUAUUGUCAAUUAUUUGUUAGAAGAUAUACCAACAGAGGGACUGUCAGUAGCCAAGGAUGUUUGUCUGGAGUAAAAGUAUUUGAUGACCUCUGGAUGAAAUCUUUGUACAAAAACAUAUAGUAACGUUCUAGCAACUCGUUCUAUACAUGUAUAUUUCUCA